AUGUUCGGACGAAUUGGUGGUAACACCCUGCGAUGUGCUGCGCGCAGACCAGCUGCCCGAAGAGUCCUACUAUACGAGCGCAAAUUCUCGGCCAACACCUGCCAUGCCAGCUCCAGCUCGCCGGCGUCCUCUGUUGCGUCGCCGUUAGGGAGUAUCACGACCGAGUUGGAUCGGAUCUCGCCGUGCUUCGAGGUGCCGGCGUCGCGGAUCACGAUUUUAGACUCCCCGGCUAACUUCUACAACACGCUCAAGGACAAAAUCAGAAAGGCUCGCAAGCGUAUCUACCUUUCAACAUUAUACAUCGGCAAGACGGAACAUGACCUGAUCGACACGUUGGAUCAGGCUCUCGAGGCCAACCCUGAGCUCAAGGUCUCCAUCCUCACGGAUGCUCUACGAGGAACACGCGAAACGCCCAACGCUUCAUGUGCGUCGCUGCUGGCUUCUCUGGUUGAGAAAUACGGUGCGGAUAGAGUGGAAAUCCGCAUGUUCCACACCCCAAAUCUGACCGGGCUGAAGAAGAAAUGGGUGCCUCGUCGGAUCAACGAGGGCUGGGGUCUCCAGCACAUGAAGCUGUACGGUUUUGACGAGGAGAUCAUCCUGUCAGGAGCCAAUCUCUCUAGCGAAUACUUCACGAGCCGCAUAGACCGGUAUCACGUCUUCCACUCCAAGGAACUGACCGACUACUACGCCGGCAUUCACAAUGCAGUAUGCAGUCUCAGCUUCCAAGUCCUCCCCGACUCCCAAAACGCCGCUGGCUACCUCCUCAACUGGCCCGUAUCGAACGGCGCGCCUUCACCUCUCGACCAACCGGAGGACUUCAUCGCCUACUCAUCCACCAUCCUGAACCCGCUCAUCCAGCCCUCAAAGAACCAAUCCACCCUGCCCCCCAAAUCCCCCGACCAGACCUACAUCUACCCCGUCGCGCAAUUCACCUCUCUCUUCAAACCCAACGACACCUCGACCGAAUUCCCCGCCGUGACCACCAUCCUCCGUCUCCUAUCCACCUCGCCCGCCUUCUCCGGCGCCCGCUGGCUCUUCACGGCCGGCUACUUCAACAUCCACCCCGUCCUCUCCUCCCUCCUCAUCGCCAGCACCUCCGCCUCCCACACCGACUCCACCACCCGAGGCACGGUCCUAACCGCCUCCCCCUGGGCCAACGGCUUCUACGGCUCCCCUGGUAUCUCCGGCAUGCUGCCGGCCGCAUACACGCACCUGUCCGCGCGGUUCCUCGACCGCGUCGCCGACGCCCAGCGCACCAACUCCAUCCAGCUGAAGGAAUGGCGCCGCGGCACCGUCGGCCAGCCCGGUGGCUGGACCUACCAUGCCAAGGGCCUCUGGAUUACCCUCCCCAAGGAGGAACACCCCAGUCUGACCUUCGUGGGGAGCAGCAACUACACGAAACGCAGCUACAGUCUGGAUCUGGAGGUUGGGGCGCUCGUCGUCACGGGUGAUGCGGGGCUAAAGCGCAAGUUGGGCGCUGAGACAGAGCGGCUGCAGGAGGAUGCGAAGGCCAUUUCGCGGGAGGAUCUGAGGAGAACGGAGAGAAGGGUGAGUUGGAGGGUUAGGUUGGCGAUGUGGAUCGUCGAGAAGGUGGGUGGGGCGUUAUAG